AAAAUUAAAAAUCUCUUUCCUCUGCUUUUGCACUAGAAACUUCUACCAUACAGAAGAAGAAAAAGAUACUGUUUUUGCUGUUGUUGUUCUUCCACUUUCUCAAACCCAUCUAGGGUUUCUUACAGAUUGUAAUUGUUCAUCAGAAGAGCUACUAAUUGAAUUAAGGAAAACCCACUUUCUUGUUAGAUACUAAAAGACUAUCAAAUUCGCUGCAAUGUCCCGCUCUAAUGGCGUCAGGCUCAUCCGAUGCUUCACUCCUCGCUCUCUACUCGAUGAUUUCCCAUUUUCCGUAUGUGACUCGUUUGUUCGAGUAGGUUGCAGGACAUUUAGUUCGUCCGGAGGAAUUCCUGGAUUUUAUUCUGGAAAUGUAAACGAGAGAAGUUGGCUGAGAUAUGGAAUGUUGAAAUCUUGCUGGGUAGCUGGCAUGACAAGAGCCAUACAUGGAACUGCAUAUAUGGCUGCUAAAGAUUAUUACGAUGUUCUCGGUGUAAGCAGGAACGCUACUUCCUCAGAGAUCAAGAAAGCUUAUUAUGGGCUUGCAAAGCAGUUGCAUCCAGAUACAAACAAAAAUGACCCCGAGGCUGAAAAAAAGUUUCAAGAUGUCCAAAAGGCAUACGAGGUUCUCAAGGAUGAAGAUAAGCGUUCACAAUACGACCAGGUUGGUCAUGAUACUUUUGAACAAUCCAUGAAUGGUGGCGGACCUGGUGGUGGUCCUGGUGGCUUUGAGUGGGGCCCUGGUUUUAAUCCAUUCGGUGACAUGUUUAGAGAUGGUAUGUUCAAUAUAUUCAAUUCCCGGAACAUUGGUGGAAAAGAUGUCAAGGUUGCAGUUGAACUUUCUUUCAUGGAAGCAGUUCAAGGAUGCACUAAAACUUUAACAUUUCAAACAGAGUUGUCCUGUGAAGCUUGUGGUGGAGCUGGGGUUCCUCCUGGAACCAAACCUGAAAUUUGCAAGAGCUGCAGAGGCUCAGGAAUUACGACCAAGGUAGCUGGGGCAUUUAGGGUGCAAAUGACUUGUUCCUCCUGUCAUGGAACCGGGAAAGUUGUUAAGAACUUUUGUAAGUCUUGCAAUGGAGAGAAAAUAGUGAGAGGAGCAAAAACGGUCAAACUGGAUGUGAUACCAGGAGUAGAUGAUGGUGAGACUAUCAAGAUCUACAGAAGUGGUGGAGCAGAUCCUGAGGGAAAUCAACCUGGCGAUCUUUAUGUUACUUUGAAGGUUCAACAAGACCCUGUCUUCCGAAGAGAAGGGCAGGACAUUCAUGUUGAUGCUACAUUAAGUAUUCCUCAGGCAGUUUUAGGUGGAACUAUCCAGGUUCCAACUCUUACAGGAGAUGUUGUUCUCAAGGUCCGAUCUGGCACUCAACCUGGUCAAAAGGUGGUCCUGAAAAGAAAAGGGAUAAAAACAAGAAAUUCUUACACUUAUGGUGAUCAAUAUGUGCACUUCACUAUCAGCAUCCCAAAGAAUCUGACUCCAAGACAAUACCAAUUAAUUGAGGAAUUUGCUAAAGAAGAGCAAAGGGGGGAUGAAAAUAGAUCUGCAGCAUCUUCUGGUUCAAACUAACUAAUACCUCUGCAGUUAUUGUAAGCCAAACACAAAAAAAAUGAUUGUCCAGAAUUUUGCUCCUUAGUUCAUCACUCAUAUUCUCUCUGGUUAAUCUUGCAUUUUUAUUUUUUAUAAAAUGGAUUUUGAUUAAUGAAGGGUAGAUAAGUUUUAUUUUUGGUAUUGUUUGGAUUAACAACAGUAAUAAUAAUGUGCAUAUGUACUUAAUGAGAACUAUUGUGCAUUGAUGGAAAACUAUGAAUAAUACAACUAAUUGUUUUUCUU